AAUUGUGCUUUCACGAUGGAAGGGAUGCAAGGAAAUAAAAAAUACCCAAGACAUGUCCCUGUGCACGUUCUUGAUGGGAGACUUGGAACAGGUACUCAAAAUCCGUCCCAGGAUAUGUUGUUUCCAGAAUCUAUAUUUCAGCCCAUGGGUGGGGUUAACAGGCAACUUGAUAUUUUCACAAAUGCAUCUGCGUCAAAUGCUAGUGAAAGUCAAAAUAACUCAGCACAAUCUUCAAUUCAUCAAUCAUUUCCCGCUUAUCCUCCUCCAUUCCCGCAAAUUCUCCAGAAUCAAGAACAUUACCAAUCAUUUCUUCAAAUGUCCUCCACGUUUUCAAGUCUUAUUGUCUCCAUCCUGCUUCAAAACCCUGCUGCACAUGCCCCAGCAAGUUUUGCUGCUACAUGUUGGCCCUAUGCGAAUAUAGAAACUUCUGCAGAUUCUCCAGCAUGCUCGCAAGGAGCCUUUCCAUCAAGGCAAAUUGGCUCUCCUCCAAGUAUGGCAGCUAUUGCAGCUGCUACUGUUGCUGCUGCAACUGCAUGGUGGGCAGUUGCA